AUACCAUUCUGAAUCGUUCUCAAUUUAACAUGUGUGUGAUUAUUAUAGAAUUAACGACAUAUCACGAGCGUAUAUCAACAGUGUAAAUAUAUUAAGCCCACUGCCUUCUGUACGUUUGUGGCGAAUCGUUUCAUCAAUUAUUAUUGUCGGGGGCACUCUUCUGAUGCUAUUUCUUUACUGGACAUUCCAUUCUCUUGAAGGCAGUGCCGGAUACGACUUAAAAGAAGCCGGUAAUUUGCCACUUGUAAGUUAUUGUUUUAAAUGUCCUUUGUUCGAACUAAAAUCUUGUCGUAGCUAUCGGAUAAUGUCUGGGAAAUGA